UAUAUAAAACCCUAAAAAAAGGGAAAAAAAUGCUUAGUAACAUUUAUACACGAAACUAAGAGAUAAUAAACAACAUUCGAGUGUAGUUAGCAAAUCUGAGAGUUCGCUUAGCAUUGCUGAGAAGGCAGCAUGGCAAGAUUAGCGAUGGCUAUGCAGCAGGAGAAAAAACACCAGCAUGUGGAAGCUCCAGAUGGAGGUUGGGGCUGGGUGGUGGUGGUUUCACUCUUCAUUUCUUCAGCCCUGGUUUUUGGGCUCCUCCGCACUGGGGUUUUCUUUGUGGAGUUUGUGAGGUACUUUGGGGAGAGUGCUCAGGCUGUUUCCUGGAUAACCUCCAUUGGAGUAGCUGUACAGCAGUUAUUGAGUCCAUUGGGCACGGCUGCUUGUAGUGCCUAUGGGUCUCGUCGUGUUGUUAUGAUUGGGGGCUUUCUUUCUGCAUUGGGAUUUAUUCUAGCUUCUCAGGCUACAACUCUCACACACCUCUACCUGACGAUGGGACUCAUUUCAGGGUCAGGCUGGGCUCUAGUUUUUACCCCAACAAUAGCUUCUGUGAUGCAGUAUUUUAGCAAGCGGCGAUCUCUUGCUAUGGGCCUUGGCUUCACUGGUGUGGGUUUAUCAUCUUUCGCAUUUUCUCCACUUUUCCAAUUCCUGGUACAGUUGUAUGGAUGGCGUGGGGCGCUUCUGAUUCUCGGUGGUCUCAGCCUUAAUAUUAUAGUCAGCGGUGCCCUUAUUCGACCACUCGGACCUACUAAAGUUAUAGAAAGGACUAAAGCCAAAAGCCUUUCUGACAGAUACAGGUCCUUCUUUUCCCACACUUGUGAAUAUUUUGAGCUAUCACUGCUCCUGCACCGAGGCUUUCUCACCUACAGUUUGGCCGUCACAUUCAUCAAUGCUGGGUACUUCAUUCCAUAUGUCCAUCUUGUGGCCCACAGCCGCCUUGUGGGCUUCAACGAAUUCCAAGCUGCAUUUGUCAUUUCCAGCACGGGUGUGACAGACAUUGUGGGGCGUGUGGUGUCUGGCUGGGCCUCCGAUUUGCGGCAUAUGCGCUCGCUCCACCUACUGACCAUAUGGUCGGCUUUAGUGGGUCUGUUUCUCCUGCUGCUGCCCCUGUGCUCAACACAAGGGAACUAUGUGGGUCUGCAGCUGGUCAGCAUGGCAUAUGGCUUUUGUGCCGGUGCUUUGACACCACUGGUAUUUUCUGUGGUGCCAGAGAUAGUGGGAAAGGAACGCAUGGUUGGUGCACUUGGACUCCUGCAGCUUAUUGAGAGCUUUGGAGGACUGCUUGGAGCCCCACUUUCCGGCUGGUUAAGAGACCUCUCUGGUUCUUACAUAUUGUCCUUCGUCGUAGCUGGUGGAUUUCUCAUCAUGGGUUCCAUAAUAAUAACAACUCUUCCCCAUUUCUGCUCUUGUACCAACCCCCCACCUCUUUCACCAAAAGACACCAAAAAUGAGUUCACUGAGGAUGAGGGACUUAAACAAGUGUUAUCCUUGGACUCCACAGAGAAUAUACACAACACUGACAGGAUUUCUGAGACACUCCUAUCUCAAAACCACAUAACAUUGGAAGAAAUACCUCUCAGUGCAAAAAGGACAGAUGAUGGCGCUGAUUGCUGAUUGGCUGGUGGAGCAGUAUGGGCUUGUUGCUGGAAUCAUAUUGAUGCUGAUGCUGAUUUUAUGGUGCUUAUUCUUUUUGUGAAAAAAAUCCCAUAGAGGAACAAUGUUUACAGAGAAACUGUAGCAAGUUAAAAUAUAUAUCUGAGAAAGAACCAUCA